CUGGGUGAGACUCAAGUGUCUCAUUUUCACUGUAUUAUCUUCUCAUCUCCUCGUUCCCUCCUUCUCUUCCAAGUCCCAACCUAUAAAGCCUUAAAACCCUCUUUCUCUCUCAAGUCUCAGUUCAAAUAAAAAAAACCUAGGGUUUGGUUCUGAGAAAGAGAUGGGGUCUCAAUCGGCGAAUCUGUGGGUUUUGCUGGGCUUAGGCUUGGCCGGAAUUCUGAUUAUGACGAGGAAGCUGAAGAAGGCUAUAAGAGAAGACUUCGGUGCGUUUAUCGAGAAGUUUCAGUUGCUUCCUCCUCCUCCGCCGCCUCCUCCCAAAGCUCCUCAUCCUCUCACCGGCCUCACUUUCGCCGUUUCCGACGUAUUCGACAUUGAUGGUUAUGUGACUGGAUUUGGUCAUCCAGAAUGGGUGAAGACACAUGGCGAAGCUUCUUGGACAUCUCCUGUGGUUACUGCGCUUGUUGAAGGAGGUGCCACUUGCAUUGGAAAAACUGUUGUGGAUGAACUAGCAUAUGGUAUCAGUGGAGAAAAUAAGCAUUAUGGUACACCCACCAAUCCCACAACACCUGCAAAAGUACCAGGUGGAUCCUCCAGUGGAGCUGCUGUGGCAGUGGCUGCUAGUCUUGUUGACUUCUCAUUGGGUAUUGAUACUGUUGGUGGGGUGAGAUUACCUGCUGGAUUUUGUGGCAUUUUAGGAUUCCGUCCCUCACUUGGGGCUGUUUCUCACAUUGGAAUUAUACCUAUUUCAACAAGCCUUGACACAAUUGGAUGGUUUGCUAAGGAUCCUAAUAUUCUACAUCGUGUUGGCCAUGUUCUGCUGCAACUUCCAUACACAGUUCAACGCAGUCCCAGGCAAAUUAUAAUUGCUGAUGAUUGCUUUCAACUGUUAAAGAUUCCUGUUGACAGAGUUGCUCAGGUGGUGAUCAAAUCCACUGAGAAGCUUUUUGGAAGACAAGCAUUGAAACAUGAAAAUGUCGAGGACUAUCUCAAGUCAAAGGUUCCAAGCUUGAAAGAGUUUCCCAGCAAGAAAUCUAAUGGUGAAUUUAAAACUUCAACACGAUUGCUUGCAAAUGUUAUGCAGUUUAUUCAAAGACAUGAGUUCAAACAUAAUCAUGGGGAAUGGAUUAGUUCGGUAAAGCCUGUUUUAGAUCCUGCUAUCUCAGCAGAAAUAUAUGAAACAGUGGAGACAGUGGAUACAGAUAUUGAACGCUACAAAUCAAUCCGGGAUGAAAUGCGUUCAGCUAUCUACUCCCUUUUGAAGGAUGAUGGGAUUCUGGUGAUCCCUACCGUUGCUGAUCCUCCUCCAAAACUUGGUGGGAAGGAGAUCCUAUCAGAGGACUACAAGCGCCGUGCAUGUAGUUUAUUGAGUAUUGCUAGCAUAUCAGGUUGCUGUCAGGUCACAAUACCACUAGGAUUUCACAACAAGUGUCCUGUUUCAGUGUCCUUCAUAGCCAGGAAUGGGGGUGAUCGCUUUUUACUAGAUACAACGCAGGCCAUGUAUGCAACUCUCCAGGAGCAGGCUGAUAUUGCUGCCAAAUCCAAAGUAUCAAAAAAUGUUGUCAGCAAGGAAGAAUCUGCUGAGAUUGCUAAAGAAAAGGGCAACCAAGCCUUCAAAGAUAAACAGUGGCAGAAGGCUAUUGGCUUUUACACUGAAGCUAUCAAACUUAGCGGCAAAAAUGCAACAUAUUACAGUAACAGGGCUUUAGCAUAUCUUGAACUGGGGAGUUACCUACAAGCAGAGGCAGAUUGUACUCAAGCUAUUAAUCUUGAUAAAAAGAAUGUGAAGGCCUAUUUACGAAGAGCUACAGCAAGAGAGAUGCUGGGCUAUUAUAAGGAGGCAAUUGACGAUUUUGGAUAUGCACUUGUCCUUGAGCCCACCAAUAAAAGAGCAGGACAAUCUGUUGACAGAUUAAAGAAGCUAUUUCAGUAGUCAUGUUCAAAUUUUGGCAGAACUUCUGGGAGGCUUAAUUUGUUUCUGGACCCUUUCAAACGGUUGAUGAUUGCCACAGGUCUUAACAAUCUCAUGAAGAUGGAUUUUUUGGGGUCUUCUUUACGAGCAAAAACAAAAACUUUAUGUACUGAAAAGAAAGAAAGAAAUACGAUAAUCUUUUCCUUCUUUUUAGAGGUCUGACAAUUGUUUUGUUGCUUAAUCUAGUAUGUGCAAGUAUAGGUCAAUUUUGUAUCUUCCAAGUAUUUUGCAUUCAAGUUGUUCUAUUUUUGAGGUGAGGUUCAGUGCAUAUGGUUGAGUAUAACUAUCAAAUAACUUCUUGUGGAAUUUGCUUUUGCUCAUUUAAGUGGAUUUUGCGAUUACUUGUUCAUUA